AGAAGAGGCGGAACAGGAAUCGGGAAUCAGUUGUCAAAAAGUAGCUAAAGUGAAAACAACGGACCAGAAAGAGAGAUGUUCAGAGCUUGUGUGCAGCACUGACUGGUUGCCCUGCCUGCCUGUGAGCUGUGACUGAACACACCCGCGAAAAUGCCUGCAGUUUCCACCGAUGUCAAAGAGCUAUAUCUGUCCACAUCUCUGGGUGAUCUCAACAAAAAGGCUGAAAUCAAACCGGACAAGACCAGCACCAGAAGCUAUGUUCAGAGUGCCUGCAAAAUCUUCAAGGCGGCAGAGGAGUGUCGCCUUGACAGAGAUGAGGAGAAAGCUUAUGUGCUGUACAUGAAGUAUUUAACAGUAUAUGACAUCAUCAAGAAAAGAACAGACUUCAGGCAGCAACCGGAGUAUUACAUGACCAUGCUCGGGCCAAACAGCUUUAAGAAAGCCAUUGAAGAAGCUGAGAAGCUCUCUGACAGCCUUAAACUCAGGUAUGAGGAAGUUGAGGUUCGAAAAAAGCUUGAGGAGAAGGAGAGACAAGAGGAGAAGAAAAGGAGGGAGGAAAUAACAGAGAAAGAUGGCGGUCGAAGCUCUCCAAAAUUCUCAUCAGCAAACAAAAAAGACAGCAAAAAGGUAAAAGGAGAACAGAAUGAGGUAAAGAAUGUGACCUCAAAAGCUGCAGCGCCUGCUGGUGGGAUCUCAGCUGAGAAACUUUUCCACAUGAUGAAGGACCAGACAAUUACAGUAAUCGUCAUGGAUGCUCGCAGCCACAGGGACUUCGAGGAGUCUCACAUUCAGGUCCCAGGUCAGACCUGUGUCAGCGUGCCUGAGGAGGCCAUCAGCCCAGGAAUCACUGUGAAUCAAAUUGAGGUGAAGCUGCCGGAGGUGUCAAAGGAUCAUUGGAGGCGGCGGGGAUUUGUGGAUUAUAUAGUUCUGCUGGACUGGUUCAAUUCUGUCACUGACCUUAAACUGGGCACCACCUUGCAGAGCCUCAAAGACGCUCUUUAUAAGUGGGACAGUAUCACCAUCCUGCGAAGUGAGCCGCUGGUGCUGGAGGGAGGCUACGAGAACUGGCUGUUGUUUUACCCCAUGUUCACAACCAACGCUAAAGUUCAUGUCCCCAGACAGAAUAUCAUCAGCUCCCUCCCUCAGUUGAACUUUAGCUACCCAUCCCUAGAGGAACCAAAGCCUCCAACGCCUCCUGAACCAGAGCCUGAGGUUACAGCCGAGCCUCCUGAACCCUCAGCUCCUGUGCUGGUGAACGGACUUACACCAGCAGAACCCCCCACGUCUAAAACUUCCAUGAUUACAGACCAGUUGCCAGAUGUUGUUGAUUCCAGCGUCAAAGGCUCCACAAAUCCUGGACAAGAUCUUAGUAAGGUCAGCCAGUCACCUGCAACCGCCAGGGCCUUCCCACAGUUUGACCGAACCAAGAAACCCUCAGUCCGGGUGUCAGAUGAGCCUAAGCCCAACCAGAAUGGGUCAGCGAAGGAAGCCACUCAAAACGGCCCGAUUGUCCCCGACCGCUCAGCCAAACCUCCCCUCAUCCCCAACACUUCUCUUUCUAAAGAAGAACAAAGCAAGAUACACUCUGAGGCGGUGGCAGUGAUGGAAAAGGCCAGGCAAGAGCAGGAGAAACGCAACCAGGAGCGUCGUGCAGAGGAGGAGAGGCGGGAGAUGGAGCAGAAGGAGAGGAUAGAAAAGGAGCAAAGUGAGAAGAAGAAGGAAGAGGAGGAGAAUGGACCGCAGGAGAAAAAGAAACUGGAAAGACAGAAGGCUGAAGAAGAGGAAGACAAAGAGGACAGGGUGUGGGAUGAGAAAGAGAGGAGGGGAAAAGAGAACUCUGACACCCCCUCAAAGAGUAUGUCUCUGGACUCGCCUGCUCCCAACCAUGUAGUUAAUGAAAUUAAGAGGGAGCCUCUAACCCGAGCCAGGAGUGAGGAGAUGGGUAGGAGUGUACCAGGCCUUCCAGACGGUUGGAUGAAGUUCCUUGACACAGUGACGGGGACCUACAGAUACUACCACUCCCCAACCAACCGUGUCCACCUGUACCCGCCUGAGGUCACUGUUCCCCAGACCCCACCCUCCACACCACCAAUGGUCAAACAGAAACCACCGCGACCAGCUGAGCCAGACGCUAACCGCGACAGAGAGCGGGAACAGUCUAAACUGAAACGCUCCUACUCCUCCCCUGAUAUCAGCCAGGAAGUGAGAGAGGAGGCGCAGAAGAAGGCCACCGCCCCUGUUGCUGCUGCUGUCACACCCCCCAUCAACAGAGGCACCAAACCUCCCAGUGCUAAAGUUUAUUCUAAAGUGGAGAUUGCACGGCCUUCAGCUGCCAAAAUUCGCAACCUGAACCCUACAUUUGGAGGACUGGGUUCUUCAUUGACUGGUCUUCGUAACAUGGGCAACACAUGCUACAUGAACUCCAUCUUGCAGUGUCUGUGUAACACUCCUGCCAUGGCUGAAUACUUCAACAACAAUUACUACCUGGAGGACAUCAACAGGUACAACAUCCUUGGCCAUAAAGGGGAGGUGGCAGAGGAGUUUGGUGUCAUCAUGAAGGCCCUUUGGGCCGGUCUGUACAAGUGCAUCAGUCCGCGAGACUUCAAGGUCACCAUAGGCAAGAUCAAUGACCAGUUUGCUGGCUAUGACCAGCAGGACUCCCAGGAGCUGCUGCUGUUCCUCAUGGACGGGCUCCACGAAGACCUCAACAAGGCGGACAACAGGAAGCGCUACAAGGAGGAGGAAAACGACCAUCUGGAUGAUCAGACGGCAGCCGACUUGGCCUGGAGCAAACACAAGCUGCUGAACGAGUCCAUCAUUGUAGCGCUUUUCCAGGGGCAGUUCAAGUCCACUGUGCAGUGUCUGACCUGCCAUCGCAAAUCACGGACAUUUGAGACCUUUAUGUAUCUGUCGCUGCCUCUGGCAUCCACCAGCAAGUGCUCGCUGCAGGAUUGUCUGAGGCUGUUCUCCAAGGAAGAGAAGCUGACUGACAACAACAAGGUAUUCUGCAGACACUGCAAAGCCCACAGAGACUCCACCAAGAAACUGGAGAUCUGGAAGGUCCCACCCAUUGUCCUGGUGCACUUGAAACGAUUCUCCUAUGAGGGUCGAUGGAAGCAGAAGCUGCAGACGUCUGUAGACUUCCCUCUAGACUCUCUGGACUUGUCCCAGUAUGUCAUUGGACCCAAACAGAACCUGAAGAAAUACAGCCUUUAUGGAGUUUCUAACCACUAUGGGGGUUUAGACGGCGGCCAUUACACAGCCUACUGUAAGAACGCCCUCAAGCAGCGCUGGUACAAGUUCGAUGACCACGAGGUGACUGACAUCUCCACCUCCUCCGUCAAGUCCUCCGCAGCCUACAUCCUGUUUUAUUCCACCCUGUGAUGGAGCUGGAGGAGACGAAGAGAGAACACUACACCAGAGCAGUGACGCUCAAAGAGGUUGUUUUUUUUUUCUUUUUCAAAAUCACAGCUCUGAGAACCUGGUGCACGUAGUUUCGGGUUAACUAGUCGUGUACGGGCACACGAGGACACACUCGAGCAAGUGGCAACGAGAUCCCGUCUGCGGCAGAUGAGAGAAAGGUGCAGGCACACUGUGCAACGCUUCAGCUACUAGAGGACCCUAUACCUGUUAAAACAUGCCGUCUGUUCAUAUUACUGAUCAUUUAGUGACUAAACAGAUGCUCCUUUUACUCUGACUUGUCAAUGGUUGUGUUGUAGGGCUGACAGCUGGUUCGGAUACUCUUCACUCUCAUUUCUGUUGCUCUCAGCGCGGAUGGCCGUAUCGCAGAACUGAUCAGCUUUCUUGUGCUGUGUAUACGCUGCAGGGUUAACAGUUAGAUGGCAUGUACAUACUUACCAAUGCUGAUGUUGCACAUUCAAAAAUGUAAAUAAUGGAGGGCAAGGUGAUUAUCUGUUAAGUGACCAAAUUAUUAUUAUUUUUCUUGAAAGUAGCAGCAGUCAUAGUAUCACCAUAUUCAUAAAGACAAACUGUGUGUUUUAGGGGUUUAACCCUUUAGCCUUCUGAUGCUUAAAAUGAUCCGAUGGCGGAGACCACGAGUGUUGAAUUCCUCCCAAAGAGAGGAGUGAACUCAGAUUGUUGCUUGUUCAUAUUAGCCACGUUGUUGCACUUACACAAUAUGCAAUCAGUUUAAGUUGUUUAUGUAGAACACAUUGUUUAACAGCCGACGUUAAUACUUGACUCAGAUCAUUAAAUCAUUAAAACAACGCUGAUGCUGAGAGCUUGUCCGUCUCGCUCGGUCCAGGCAGUGACAGAAAAGCCUGCUUCUCUGAAUACUGUCGUAGAAUUAAUUCUUAGUUAAACACACUUAUGUCUUUACAUGAUUAUAUUCAAACACAAAAACUAUUUAGAGGAAAAAUUACGGGGAUAACUUGGCGUCCUUCUUGGCUUGUAACAGGAGGUUCGGACAGAAGUUUUAUCUGAUUGUUUUCGUUUCUGUGUUCAGUACUUACCCGGGAGAAUAUGAAAACAUGAGAAAUUAACCGAGCGCGUUAGUGUCAACAUUUGCUGCCUGACUGACUGCUUGACAAGAGCAAGCACAAAGUGUACUGAUGUUUCUUCUGAAUGGACCCGUGAUCUGGGGCGGCAGGAUUUGACUUCCUGAGUACAGUUUUAUUGCCUAGCAUGAAAUCAUAAUCUGUUUUCUUUCUACUUGUACAUGUUGAUUUUAUUUCUUAAUGCUCUAAAAACGAAUUGUUUCAGAUAUAACGAUUAUAUUAACCUCAAACAACUCAUAUGACUAUUUAUUAAAACUGCUUCAAAUUAG